AGAGAAUGAGACCAGCUGACAGUCCAAGGAGGCCGUAAUUUUAGCAGACCUACCAAGAAUAUUGAUGUAGGAGGCUUGUUAUUCUAAAUCCCGGAAGCCUUUUUAUUUUUUCUUUGGAAAGUACGUGAAGGGUUGUAAUGCUGCUUUGCCCCCCAAACUGGACAGCAAGGUAAACAAGAGCAGCCACAACAACAGCAAGGAGCAGAAGCUCUCAUCCUGACCACCAUGGAGUUUCUUGAAAGAACUUAUCUUGUGAAUGACAAAGCCACUAAGAUGUAUGCCUUCACCCUAGACAGUGUGGAACUCCAGCAGAAAUCCUUGAAUAAAAAUCAAUGUCCUGGAGAGAAGCCAGAGGAGCUGGACUCAGGAGCCAUCUAUCACUGCCACAGCAACUCCAAGGCCACAGAGAACAGAGCAAGCGAGCAAGUCUACGCCAAGUGGAAACUCUGUGCUGCUUCAGGAAUAUGCUUCGUUUUCAUGAUUGCAGAGGCCGUGGGUGGGCACAUUGCUGGGAGUCUUGCUGUCGUCACAGAUGCUGCCCACCUCUUAAUUGACCUGACCAGUUUCCUGCUCAGUCUCUUCUCCUUGUGGUUGUCAUCAAAGCCCCCUUCAAAGCAGCUGACAUUUGGAUGGCACCGGGCAGAGAUCCUUGGUGCCCUGCUGUCCAUCCUGUGCGUCUGGGUGGUGACGGCUGUGUUGGUGUACCUGGCAUGUGAGCGCCUGCUGUACCCUGAUUACCAGAUCCAGGCGACUGUGAUGAUCAUCAUUUCAGGCUGUGCGGUGGCAGCCAAUAUUAUACUAAGUGUGAUUCUGCACCAGAGACAUGCUGGACACAAUCACAAGGAAGUGCAAGCCAAUGCCAGUGUCAGAGCAGCCUUUGUGCAUGCCCUCGGAGACCUAUUUCAGAGCAUCAGUGUGUUAACCAGUGCACUUAUUAUCUACUUUAAGCCAGACUAUAAAAUGGCUGACCCAAUCUGCACAUUCGUCUUUUCCAUCCUGGUUUUGGCCAGCACCAUCACUGUUUUAAAGGACUUCUCCAUCUUACUCAUGGAAGGUGUGCCAAAGAACCUGAACUACGAUGAUGUGAAAGAGCUCAUCUUAGCGGUGGAUGGAGUGGUGUCUGUGCACAGCUUGCACAUCUGGUCUCUAGCAAUGAACCAAGUGAUUCUCUCGGCUCAUGUUGCUGCAGCAGCCAGCCGGGACAGCCAGGUUGUUCGAAGAGAUAUUGUAAAAGUCCUCAACAAUAGCUUUACUGUGCACUCACUCACCAUUCAGAUGGAAUCUCCAGCUGACCAGGACCCUGACUGUUUUUUCUGUGAAGAACCCCGGGACUAGUUCAGUCACAAUGUCAACUUCCAGAGUUCAACGGCCUACUACACACUGCUCUGCAGUUUCUAGAAUAUAAGAAAUAAAGAACCAAAGGAAGAAGUUUGAGAAAUUCAUGAUACAGUACAGUGCACAUUUUAUUCUUCUUUAUUUAGCUCCAUCCACCAUGAAUGAAGAUGCAUAUAGAUUCAUUGAUCAAUUGGAUUAUAACUCAUCAGUAGCUGUGUUCAAUCAUAGGAAUGUGUGUAUGGACUAUUCCUGACUGGGGCUGAAGUAACAGCUGUUUGUAACCAUAGGCAAUAAAAAGUUCAUCUCCCUUCAGUGAUGUAUCCUGAGGAUGAGUGGGUAAAAUUGAACUUGGGAAAGUCUUAUUAGGAAUCAGUGCCCAGGAAAAGUCACAAAAUUCUCCUCAAAUGGGAGAAAAAAGCAAACUAGGAAGAGCUUAAGUUAAAAGAGAUGCUGGAAGCUUAACACCCCACUAGAACUUGACUCUCUGGCCAGUUUAUAAUAGGAUUUGGAGCAGUUUCUUUUUACUCCCUAUCAGCAUCACCAUUCCCUAAAUGGGGUAGAAAUGUCCUCUUUCCUUCUCACAAAUCAUGUUUUAACAUGUCUAAAACUAUUGAAUGGUAUUUUGCUUCUCUGUGUAAAAGCUCUGGACAAAUGAAAAAUUAUGAAAUUGCUGCUUUUUGAGUGUUUUCACUUGGUGUGACCUAAUAACAAAACAAGGAGGCACAGAGCAUCAGAGUUCUUAUUCCAGAUCAUAUGGAAAAUAAUUUAGUCAAAUAAUUAAGAACUCCCAGGUCUUAAAUAAUAUUUAUGGAAUACCAACUAUUUUCCAGGUAUUGUACUAGGCUUUUCAGAUGUGUCACCUCAUUUCAUUUGAGUGACAACUUUGGAAAGUUGCAAUUAAUACCAUCGUUAUAUAGACAAGGACAUAGGCUCACAGAAGUUAAGUAAUUUAACCGAUAUCAUUAUUCAUUCAUUUAAAAACAAUUUUUCAGAGCACCUGGGUGGCUCAGUCAGUUAAACAUCUGACUCUUGAUCUUGGUUCAGAUCAUGAUCUUACGGUUCAUGAGAUGGAGCCCUGGGUCGGGCUCCGAGCUGACAUACUGGAGCCUGCUUGGGAUUCUCUCUCCCUUUCUCUCUGCUCCUCCUUCUCUCUCUCUCAAAAAUAAAUAAAUAAACUUUAAAACAAUAGAUAAUCUUUCAAUACAGGUUAUGAGCUAAGCAUUGGUGAACUAUGUCAGUAUGGCCUUUGUGUUCAUGGAGCUCCUCCCCUUUUGUUGGGAAGACAGGCAUUCCACCAAUAAACACCAAAAUGUACUACAAAUAGUGGCAAAUGAUGAAAGGAGAGAGGCUGAUUUAGGUUGGUGGAGGUCGAUGGGGAGCCUCUCUGAAGAAACAGCACCCGAGUUGAGACCUGAACAGUAGGUGGUAGCCAAACGAAUUGUAAGAACAUUCUAGAUGAAGCAAGAGCAUGAAUGGAUACCAUGAAGAAAGUACUUGGUGUGUGGGAGGAAAUGAAGAUGGCCAUUGUGGCUGGAGGGUAAUAAGUGAGGGGUGAGUUAAAAAAAACAUUGAGGACAUGAAGCAGGAGAGAAUGACAAGGCCGGCUGGCAAGGCAAAAUUCUCUCAUUCUGAGUCAUUGAUUGUAUAAUACCAUGCUUCUAGCCCUGAUUGUAACUCAGCAUCACUUGUAGAGAGUAAAAUAAAAUAAAGAUGUUCAGGCCCACAUCCUGGAAA